AUGAACACUGCACACAACCGUCCCUAUCAUAAUAGUGUCUCUCCCUCUUCAGAUAUCGUUCCUCCAGGCCAUAAGAGAACCCUAAGCAAUAUGAGUAAUCUGAGCAGCAACAGUAUGAACAGUUCCGCUCUUUCUCAAAGUGGAUCCGGAAAGGCAGGUGCUGCGAGCAUGCGGUGUUUUAUGGUUCGGGCUUCACUCACAAACCCGCAGUUGAUUGGAUCACACAUUCCAUGUGAUAUUUCCAGACGCGAGAGUAAUGGCCAUAAGAGAAAUUCUGUUAAUAACAGACAUCGGGAUAGUUGGGAAAUAGAGAAAAGACCAUCCUCAACGCACAUUAUAUAUCCACCGGGAAGAUCAGAAAGUUCAAUAUCAACUCUGCGGCAUGUACACUUCACGGAUUCUCAAACUUCCCAUUCUCUUGUUUCUUCUUCUUCUUCUUCCUCUCAUUUACGAACGGUGGGGGAUAAGAUAAUAAUGACCCUUCUCUCUAUACUUGCUGUUCUUUUUCUCUUUCUUGCAAUCGCAUAG